AUGCUACACAAAGCUGUUAGCUGGCUACCAAACAAAUCUGCUGGCCAAACGGAAAGCUUGCUAAUUAAAGUUGUGUAUUCUUCUGUCAUGUCUAACCCAGAGAGUAAUAACAGUAACAACUGUGUACGUGGUUUUAGGCUUUUCAAUAAUGCAGGUAGGUUUGUGUUUCAGCGCCCAGAAAAUAAUCAAAGGUUAAUAGGUCUCAUUAUGGGUCAGAUACCAGAUCUUCCUCAACAUAUUGAACUGCCACAGGUAAAUGUCAUACCACGUACAUCAAUUAUUGAUGAUGUGUCUUUAGCUAGGCGUAGACAUGCACAAUAUGUUGCGUCCUUACGCCAUUCCGAAACAGUUAAUCAAGUUAACAAUAGGAAUCAGAGUGAUUCAGUUAGGCAAGCAGCAAGUCGUAGUGCUGAAUGUAAUGAGCAGACUGCCAAUAGACGUGCACGUGAUGAUGAAAGACAUACUAUCGCACGUCAAGCACAUAAUGAUCAGGCUACCAAUAGACGUGCUCGGGAUGCUACAAGGCAAACUAUUGCUCGACAAAGGCAAAAUGUUUCGCAGGUUGCAAAUAGAAGACGAGCAAAUGCACAACGAAACGUUGCUGUUCGUGCUCGCAGAAAUGCCCCAUACUAUAAUGUUGCACGUCAACAUGUAUUGCCUAACGUUUAUUAUUUAGGUGUUAUGGACAAAAAUUGUCAAGUUAUAAAGUUUGAAAAUGAAGAGUGUUUCAAAUGCUGCCAUAAUGGUAAAGUUGCACUUGAUAAUUUGUCACCAUACCCUGAACAGCUAAGGCAACUGUUAACAAAUAAUGAUACUGCUCAGGCACGGAACUUUCAAAUGAAUAUACGUAAGUAUAAUAGUGCAGUUUCGUUUGCUUCCUUUGGAGCAAAUCUUCGACCUCCCCCUGGCCGUGGGCCACCAUGCUUUCGUAUAUGCAGUCAAAUAUGGCAUCGUGUUGGGGAUCUUCACCCUCCUGAGGGACAAACUCCUGUUUUUAACCAACUUUAUAUUUAUGAAGCAGGUAGAGCACUCAAUGAGAGAAUGGCACGUCCUGAAAAUAAUGGCUGUAGAGAAGACGUGAUGCAAACUGUUCAGGAUAUAAUGAACAGAGUUAGUCCUUUUGCUGCUGCAUACAGGUACAUGGCUGAAGUUGAAGCUGAUGAAAUUGCUCAGGCAGCAGCUGAAAACCGUGUCCCAUCAGAAGUACGCAUGUGCAUGAGAGUUGGCAGUGAUCGAAGGCGAUAUAACUUGCCACAUCAUGACGAAGUAGCUGCAGUUUUUGUUGGCCAAGAUGGAGCUCCUCCUGGAAACAGGGAUAUUGUUACCUACCCACGUGCAGGCAAUUUGCGAAAUAUUUUUACGGUAUCUGCAAAUUUAGAGCCGAUGGUUUAUCCUCUAUUUUUUCCAAGGGGUGAACCAGAUUGGUAUUAUGGGAUACCCCAUGUUGCCAAACGUGCAACCCGUACUCGAAAUACUACUACAAUGUUGCAAUAUUAUACUUACCGUUAUUGUGUGGAUUCUUAUGUUAAAGUUGAGGGUAACAACUUAAAUUACAUUCGUGCGAAUCAAACAAACCUGCGUGUUGACAGUUAUGAAGGUUCAGCUGACCACUUGAAUGCACGAGCUGAAGAGCGAGACCUUCAACCAGGACGUAUUGUUGUCCUUCCUUCAAGUUUUCAAGGAAGUCCACGUGCCAUGGCUCCAAACUAUCAAGAUGCUAUGGCUGUCAUUGGUAAAUUUGGAAAACCAGAUUUUUUUCUGACUUUUACAUGCAAUCCAAAAUGGCGUGAGAUUACAGAAAAUUUGUUUGCAGGCCAACGUGCACAUGAUCGGCCUGAUUUAGUUUCUCGAGUUUUUAAAUUGAAACUAAAUGAACUCCUAAAAGAUGUCACUGAAAGGGGUGUUUUAGGUAAAACUGUAUCACAUGUUUAUGUUAUAGAAUUUCAAAAGAGGGGUUUACCUCAUUGUCAUUUGUUACUUCAUUUAGAUCCCAAUGAUAAACUUCGGGAUGCAGAUGACAUAGACAGUGUUAUUUCAGCCGAAAUUCCUAAUCAACAGGAACAACCUGAGCUGUUUGAAAUUAUUCGGUCGUGUAUGAUUCAUGGACCAUGUGGCUAUCUGAAUCCUAAUUCUAGGUGUAUGGAGGAUGGUGUUUGCACAAAAAACUUUCCGAAAAAUUUUUUAGGGUCUACCGUUGCAGACGUUGAUGGAUAUCCAUUGUAUAGACGUCGUAAUAAUGGAAUACAUAUCAAUGUCAAUAAUGUUGAUGUAGAUAAUCGAUGGGUUGUUCCCUACAAUCCAUGGCUCUCCAAAAAAUACAAUGCACAUAUAAACUUAGAGGCUUGCAUGUCUGUUAAAUCUGUUAAAUACCUUUAUAAAUAUAUUUAUAAGGGUCAUGAUUGUGCCAACAUUGAGAUCAAUGAACGUAUUAUUGAUCACGAUGAGGUACAGACGUUUUUAGACGCUAGGUAUGUCAGUGCGCCAGAAGCAAUAUGGCGCCUUUUUGAAUUUAAAAUGCAUCAGCAAUCUCAUGUUGUCCAUAGACUGCCAGUGCACUUGCCUAAUAAUCAUAUUGUUCAUUUUCAGCCAGACCAGGUUGAAGAAGCUGUGAACAGAGCUGCAAAUCAAGCCACUAAAUUAACAGCUUGGUUUGUGCUAAAUGGAGAGAAUCACAAUGCUCGCCAAUAUUUGUAUCCAGACAUUCCUCUUCAUUUCGUUUUCAAUAACGACAGGAAAGCUUGGACACCAAGGCGAAACUUUAACCUUAAAAUUGUCUCUAGAAUGUAUAGUGUGAGUCCUCGCGCAGGUGAGCUUUUUUAUUUACGUAUGCUAUUAUUACAUACGUGUGGUGCAAAAUCUUAUGAAGAUUUAAGAACUGUGGAUGGUAAUGUCGCUGAGACAUUUCGUGAAACCUGUUUAUUGGGUGGACUACUGCAAGAUGAUACCGAAUGGAACAAUACUUUGGAGGAGGCUGUCAACUUCCAGAUGCCUCGGCAAUUAAGACAAUUGUUUGCAAUAAUACUUAUCCACUGUGAACCUUCUGAUCCUUUUACUUUGUGGACAAGGUACAAGGGUUCUAUGUGUGAGGAUUAUCCUCGCCAAAUGAACGAGGAUCAAGCUGAGUACAGGGUGCUUCAAGAUAUUUAUUCUGUACUUAGACAAUCUGGUAAAUCUCUUACUGAUUUUAAUCUUCCAAGUUUAGAUGAAAUACCUCCAGCUGAAAACAUUGAUGUAGCUUUGGAGGCUGGAAGAGCUUCUCAACUGAGGGCUCAACUUACUGAAGAACAGACAGCACUGGCUGAUGCAGUUAUAGAAGCGGUUGUAAAUGUUGCUAACAAUACAGCCCAAAACAACCGUUUGUUUUAUUUAGAGGGUGCUGGUGGCAGUGGUAAAACCUUUACUUAUAAUUACCUUAUUUCCAAAAUUUCAGGUAGAGGUUUUCAAGUUGGAACUGCUGCAUUUACUGGUAUAGCAGCAACUCUUUUAAAAAACGGUACCACUAUACAUAAGUUACUUCGGUUACCAGUUCCUAUUUUGGAAAACAGUACAUGCAGCAUAACUCCGGUGUCUGCUUAUGCUGCUGAGCUACGGCAAAAAAAUCUCUUUUUACUUGAUGAAUCUUCCAUGAUUCCCAAGCAUGCUUUCCAUGCAAUAGAUCGUCUUCUUCGAGACAUUUGCAAUAGCGAACUUCCAUUUGGAGGUAAAGUUGUUCUUUUAGGUGGUGAUUUUUCACAAUUAUUGCCUGUUGUCAGAAAAGGAAAUCCAACUGAAAUUGUUGACAUGUGCCUAAAAAGUUCUCCACCAUGGCACUUGGUUACAGAAUUUAAAUUAACUCACAACAUGAGAACGAGGCCAGGAGAACAAGAAUUUGCUGCAUGGCUUCUGCAACUUGGAAAAGGUGUUUUACCAGUUCGGGAACAACCACCGUUUCAAGGUGCAAUUGAAGUGCCAUCCAAUUGUGUGUUACAACAAAAUCAAUGUAUUGUUAAUACUUUGUUUAGGGAUUUUCACCCAGAAAAUAUGGCAUCAUCUGUAAUACUAACACCUACAAAUGAUGAUUCACUUAUCAUUAAUGAUCAGGUGUUGGAGUUGUUGCCGGGUAUGCCUCCUCAUUGUCUUAAAUUAAAAUCGGGUGCCAUUGUUAUGUUAUUAAGAAACAUAAACAUAAAUAAAGGCUUAUGUAAUGGCACUCGCCUAAUUGUAAGAUAUCUUCACGACAACUGUGUCGAUGCUGAAGUACUCACUGGCAAUGCUAUUGGAGAUAGGGUACUUAUUCCAAGGGUGCAACUUGCACCUCCGGAUACAGGUAUGCCUUUAGUUUUGCGUCGCAGACAGCUUCCACUAAGGCUUUCUAUUGCUAUGACAAUAAACAAGGCACAAGGUCAAACCUUGAAAAGAGCAAGGGCAUUUGAUGAUGUUAGAGUGAUGUUAUCAGAGUAA